AUGGAUGUCACAGAAUUUGGGCAAAACAAUUCACUUCAAUACUGCUUUCCUGAAAUCAACUCAUCUUGCAGAAAAGAGCUCCACACUCCCACCAACCUGCUCAUCCUCUCUCUGGCUGUGGCGGAUCUUCUUGUGGGACUGUUUGUUAUGCCUGUGAAUAUAAUGAAAUUAAUAGACACCUGUUGGUAUCUUGGGGAUGUGGGAUGCUCUGUUUAUCCAGUGAUUCAUUUUGUUUCAGGGUCAAGCUCUCUGUUUAGCUCGGUUUUCAUUGCAGUUGAUCGGUACAUUGCUGUCUGUGAUCCUCUACAUUAUACCACUAGAAUUACAGUUUGUAAAACUGCUUUGCUCAUAAUUCUAGGCUGGUCUUUCUGUCUAUUCUAUGUCAUCAUCUAUCUGUACUUUAAUGAGCAUCUUCUUCAAAUUCAGAUAUCCACCAGAUGCUACGGAGAGUGUGUUCUGGUCAUAAAAUAUUCCUGGCUGCUUGUUGACCUGGUUGUUAUGUUUCUUGUACCUUGUGCUAUUAUUCUGACCUUGUAUUCCAUUAUCUUUAUCGUGGCAAGACGCCAAGGUAAAGCUGUUAGAGCUGUGACGACCGGUGCCUCAAACAAACAGGAAGCUAACGUUUCAAGCGCUUCUGAAACCAAAGCAGCAAAGACGUUGGGUAUUGCAAUAUUUGUUUAUCUUGCUUGCUGGAUACCAUAUAAUUUAACUUCUCUUUCAGUUGAAAGUCUGACAUCUUUAUCGAUGGGGUGGAUUGUGUUUGGCUGGCUAUUGUUCAUGAGCUGCUCUGUGAAUCCACUAAUAUAUGCAUUUUAUUAUCCAUGGUUCAGAACUUCUGUUAAGUAUAUUGUAACUUGCAGAAUACUUGAAUCCUCAUCUUCACAUUUUAACUUGAUUGCAGAGCAUUUUUAA